CGCGAAAAUAACGCCCUCUCUCUCUCUUUUUCUCUUUAAUCUCUUUCUCUCUCUUUGAUCUCUCUCUCUCUGGCACCCAAAUCUCUCUCCCUGAAUCGUCCGAUCAAUUCUAUCUCCGGCGAUUGCUUUUUUUUUUUUUUUAAUAUAUAUAUAUAUUUUAAUCCACACGAGCGACCAUUCUUCAUUAUCGGCGAAACAUUUUGUUCACGGUGGUGUUAAUCAAUUCCGAUCGCGUUCGUAUUUCUCCAAUUUCGAUCUCGAAGCCUAUCACGGGAACUUUUUCGGAUUCUUACGGGUGUUGUGAUAAAGGGAGUUUCUUUUGAGGUGUUGUGAUGUUGAUGGAAAGAAGAUGAAGUGUGGUCUCUUUAGAGAGAUUUGAACCCAUAUCACACCAUUUAAUUUUCCAGCACAUAUCUCACCAUGGCACUGCCAUGACAAAGACACGGGCAAAAGAUUCUUCCUCUGUUUCAUUUUCGAUUUAAUAAAAAAAAUAUCCCCUGAUAUUGUGAAUCUGCAACUAACUUGUUAGAACUUGACCCACCUUUCUCUCUUGUUUGACCACUGUUUUUUUUUCAAACUUUCUUAUCCCUUUCCAUUGUUAGUUCUCAGCACCUUCUUGGUUUUCUAGUUUGCAUUUGGUUCUUAGUUUGUUACCCUUUUUGAAUUGGAUAAUUCAUGUUGGAGUCUUGCUAUGGGUUUCUGUUGUAAAGAAUAAAGGGACUGCUUUUACAGCAACUGGAGCUCUUUUUAUUGUUUAGCUCCAAUGCAGAACUAAACGAGAGGCGUAAACUGCUAAAUCCAAUCAAUGCAAGUUUGGUUUUGUGAGCUUGAAUGGACGUAGCUACAGAUACUACAAGGCGGCGUCUUGUUCCAUCAGAGAAGAAUAAUGCUGUUGCUGUCACUCGCCGUCCUCGGACAUCGGAGGUCAGUUCAAGAUACAGGUCACCUACGCCAACCAAAACCAGGCGAUGCCCUUCCCCAAGCGUCACAAGGCCAACAGUGUCUUCAAGCUCUCAAUCCGUGGCUGCGAAAAGAGCAGUUUCAGCAGAGAGGAAGCGUCCUUCAACACCGCCAUCACCUACUAGUCCCUCCACACCGAUACGUGAUUUGUCUAUAGACUUACCAGCUUCAUCUAGGAGGCUGUCUACAGGUCGUUUGCCUGAAAGCUUAUGGCCUUCCACUAUGAGAAGCCUCAGUGUUUCAUUUCAGUCGGAUUCGGUCUCUGUCCCUGUUAGUAAAAAGGAGAAACCAGUUAGUAGUUCUUCUGUUGAUCGGACAUUGAGACCUUCUUCGAAUAUAGCUCAAAAGCAGAAGGCUGAAACGACCCCUGUAUCAAGGAAACCUACGCCAGAGAGGAAAAGAAGUCCAUUGAAAGGGAAGAAUAAUGUGUCUGAUCUUUCAGAGAACUCGAAACCUUCAGAUGGUCCUCACAGUCGGUUAAUAGAACAGCAUCGGUGGCCUAGUAGAAUUGGUGGAAAGAUCACUUCGAAUUCUUUAAACAGAAGCUUGGAUCUUGGCGACAAGUCUUCAAGGGGUAUACCAACUUCAGGGCCUGGAAUGGGGCCGUCUCUUAGAAGAAUGUCACUACCUUUGUCCAGCAGUUCGAGACCUUUGCAUAAAACUUCUAGUAACACAUCUAGUAAUGGUGGAUUGUUGUCUCCAACAAAGUCAGAAGAUAAUAACAUAGCUCGAUCUUCUGGGGCUCAAAGACUUUUGUCUGCAGGGUCGUUAGAUAGAGAGACCUUAGCAACGGCUGUAGCUAGGUUGCAUCCAUUGUCUGCUCCUGGAUCUCGCCCAGCUUCACCAAGUAGAACAUCGUUUUCGUCUUCAUCGUCUCUUUCUAGAGGCAUGAGUACUUCAAGAGGAGUGAGUCCAGCGAGAGGACUAAGCCCUUCAAGAGGAUUGAGUCCUACAAGAGGUUUAAGUCCUUCGAGAGGGUUAAGUCCUUCGCGUGGCACAAAUACCUCCUGUUUUGCUCGACCAUCAACUCCACCUUCAAGAGGGGUAAGUCCUUCACGGAUAAGACAAACCAGCACUUCCACACAAUCCAGUACCACAACUUCAGUGCUCAGCUUCAUCACGGAUGUCAAGAAAGGCAAAAAAGCAAGCUACAUCGAAGAUGUUCAUCAACUGCGCCUGCUCCACAAUAGAUACUUACAGUGGCGGUUUGCAAUUGCACGAGCUGAAUCUGUAAUGUAUAUUCAAAGAUUAACUUCCGAGGAAACCCUAUUUAAUGUGUGGCAUGCGAUAUCAGAACUACAGGAUGAUGUGACUAGGCAAAGGAUUGGCUUACAACAGCUAAAUCUAGAGAUCAAACUCAACUCACUAUUAAACAAUCAGAUGGCGAGCCUUGAAGAUUGGGCCACACUUGAAAGAGACCAUGUUAGUUCUUUAGUUGGAGCCAUUGCAGAUUUAGAAGCAAAUACUCUCCGACUUCCAGCGACUGGAGGAACAAAGGCGGACGUCGAAUCUUUGAAAGCAGCUAUGUCAUCGGCCCUUGAUGUAAUGCAGGCUAUGGGAUCGUCCAUUUGGUCUUUACUCUCAAAGGUGGAGGAGAUGAACAAAAUGGUAACCGAACUAGCUGUUGUAGUUACAAAAGAGAGUUCUAUGCAAGGAAAAUGCGAAGAUCUUCUGGCUGCAACCGCGAUCAUGCAGAUAGAAGAGUGUAGUCUGAGGACUCACCUGAUACAAACUAAGCGAGAAGAAGGAGAAAAUGCAGAGGAGACUCCUCCAUUGUUGCCAUUAAGCAAAUUUCCAUGGCCAUGAUGAAUAACAAAAGCUUACAGUUACCACACGUUCAACACUGAAUUACCUGUAAAUUGCUCUUUGAUGCCAACAUUUCUCUUGUCGAGAUCCUUUUUUGAUCUUUGCUUGUUGAAGUUUUCUCCUUCUUUUUUUGGUAUGAAACAGUAGCGUAGGAAGAAAAAAAAGGAAGUGAAAGUGAAAGAUCACGAGUUCGAAAGUCUUAGGAUAUAUAAGAAAAGGAAAUUUAAUUGUUCA